GAGUGUGUAGCGAUAGACGAAGGAAGGUAGGAGACAAGAUAAGCAAAAAAAGUCAGUCAUUAUGUUGACUGUUUUAGAAAUAUAGUGAAACAGAACAGAAACGUUGACGAUAGUUAUUUGUAAAUUGAGAAAGAUAAGAUAUUAAUUCGUAAAGUUAGGUAGAGAGAGAGAGAGAGAGUGUUUGGUAGUUUGGAGAUAGAGUGAGAGGAGCGUUAAAAAGAAAGAGAGAGAGUGUUUAGUACAGAAGUGGGCUAAAAAAAUAUUGUGGAGAGAGUGAAAUAAACUACUUAGUAAUUAGAGUUUGAGUAAGAGGGGUGUUAAUCAGAGAGAGAAAAUUGCUUUGUAAUUAAGAGUUGUGUUAAAGAAGAGAGAGGGGGAGAGAACUGCACACACACAUAUACACACACGCGCGCACAGAGAUAGUGUGAGAGAAAAAAGUGGUGUGAAAAAAGGAAUAGCGAAGGUAGUGGUAUUUAAAGGAAGACAGAAAGAAAGAAGUAAGAGAGGAAGUUGACGAAUAACAACCAACAGCAGCAGCAAUAAUAAUAAGGCAUGUGAAAUGAAAGAGGAGAGAGAGGGUUAUAGAAGAAGAAGAAGAAAGAAUAAUUAGAGAAGAAACGAGAGCGAGAAGGAGUGAUGCUGCCAGAUGAACAACUGUUUUGGCUUUAGAGACAAAUGAGAACAAGUUAAACAAACUCUUUGAGUUAAUUUAUUGUUGUUCUUCCCCAUCUGGUUGACAUUACAGUUCAACUUCACUCACAUCUGAUGAUAAUGAGUUUAAUUAAUUCAUCAGAAGAAUUGUUUACUUCUGAAACUUAAUAUUUAAUCAACUUGAUAUUAGUUAUAAUUACAGUAAUUAACAUUUUUAUUAUUCUCUGAGUAAUUUUUUUUUAUUUAGAAAUCUAACUUUUAUUGCCAACUGUCUGUUUUCUUUAUAUCUUUCUCCCGUUUGUGUUGUAAUUAAUUGUGCUGUGACUUUGGGAGAUUUAAAAAAAAAGAUAAGGAAAACUGGACACUCUUUAACUUAUUACCAUGUCGCCCGACAACAGCAUACAAGCUUCCAAACCUGUGGUAAAAGAGACAAAAACCAUGAUGAUACAUACAGUAUCUUUACAAGAAAGAUUUGCCGACUAUAUUUCACAAGAACGAAUGACAAAUGGCUGGGAAAAGAUGGAAACUUCCAAUCGCAUCCCCUACUAUCUCAGUUGUAUGACAGAGCGUACAUCCUGGGACCAUCCACUUUAUUCCAAAAUCAUGGAAGAAUUAAGUGAGUUUAAUAAUAUUCGAUUUGCUGCCUACCGAACUGCAAUGAAGUUACGAUACCUGCAGCAGAAACUGAAUUUGGACUUGGUGCCUAUCGACAAAGUUCGCAGUGUCUUCAAACAGCAUGGAUGUCCACAAGGUGAAGACCCCUUACUGAACUGCCAUGACCUCAAUGAAAUUCUACGAGACCUUUUUGCUGACUGCCAACAUCCAAGAUUAGACAAAACCACAAAUAUACGCUCAUCCGAUCUCAUUCAGAAUUUCAUAUUAAAUUUAUACGACAGACAAAGAAGAGGUGUAGUCCAUGCUCUGUCUGUGAAAACUGCUCUUGCAGCGAUGUGUGGUGGACAGCUUGGCGAGAAGUACAAAUAUUUUUAUGAAGAAAUCAGUGAUCCGAGCACCUUUAUUGACUGCAGUGUGCUGUCCAGUUUUCUUGUGGCUCUCAUGCGGAUUCCUGAUUUAAUUCAUGAAGGAAUGGCAUAUGGCGGUUUAAACUCAACUCCUGCUUUAGAAAGUUGUCUUCAAAUGAGUGAUUGUAAAUAUGGUAUUUCUGAAGACAUGUUCUAUGCCUGGCUUUACAAAGAACCCCAAACAUUGGUCUGGUUACCAACCCUUCACAGAAUUGUCACUACAGAAUCUGUUAAACAUGAAGUCAAAUGUAGCAUCUGCAAAGAUUUCCCAAUCAUUGGAUUCCGCUAUCGGUGCCUUAAGUGUUUCAAAUUCGACAUAUGCCAACAAUGUUUCUUCAACGGUAAAACUAAAGGCAAACACAAACUCAAGCAUCCUCUGAAGGAAUUUUGUGCUGUUGCCAGCACCAAACAAGAUAUGAAAGCAUUCCUAAUUACUGUGAGAAACAACUUGAGUAAAAAACACAGGUACAAACGUCGAGUAAAAUACCUACCUGUAGAUAAUUGCAACAGCAGUAUUGGAGGUGGCAGCGACACAAUGUCGACUGCAUCAACUCGGAGGUCUACAAUGUACGAAGAACAGGUUUCUCGGCUUACCACAAGUCAUGCAUCUGAUAGUGCUUCCAGUGCUCCAGCUAGGCUUUGUGAAAUGGAACAUCCAACCAGAGCAAAGCAAACAUGUUCAAAAUCUUUACAAACUGAUAAUCUGAUGGUAUCAGUCAGUGUCCACAACAAGGAAAACCGUACACCAUCUCCAACAGAAACGGUAGCUUUGCAACAAGUACAGGAACUCCAGAAGAUUAUUCGAGAUUUGGAGUCUGAAAAUCGAAAUCUCUAUCGGCAGUUGGCUGAAAUUCGAGACAAUGGAACAGACAGCUGCAGUAGCUUGUCAUAUGGAGAUGACAUUGAAAUGGAGAAAGAAUUGGUCGAAGCGAAAAAGGAAGUUGUGGACGACCAUAAUCUGAGGCUGAAUAAGCAGCUGAAUCGAGUUCACGUCAUGCUGAAGAAUAAUGCAGCAACUGAAAAAUACCAAAAUCCAGUGGUAACAAAUGGAACUAACCACAAUAAUUCACCUUUAAAAAAUGGUUACCACUUAAAGAAUGGUUAUAAUUUUCCUAAUGGAUUCCAUAUUCCACAGAAUGGUUUUAAACCACAAACAAUUCCUCCAUUUACAAAUGGUUACAAGUCAUAUAAUGGCCUGCAAACCCAAAAUGGUUAUAAACUACCAAAUGGUUUCCUUCACCAAACUAAUCCUCAAAAUGGAUUUCCAAUUCAGAAUGGUUUCCAAACCUCCAAUAAUUACCAGUUCCAUAAUGACCAUUCUUCACAAGGUGGCUUCAGUUUACAGAAUGGGUCAGAGCUUCCUGCACUUCUUAAAGAACCACCACCUUAUUCUAAUAUGACCAGCGUACCUGAAAUAGACAUUAAUUUUGACCAAUCCACUCUUGACUCGACUCAUAAGUUUGAUGUUUCUUCACCAUGUUCUUCAAUUAUUUCUCCAAGUGAGGCAGAAGAGGAAAUGGACAAAUUGGUGAAAAAAUUGAGAGCAUUUCCACAGAAUCAUUCUUACUCAGCUUGUUCAAUGUCAGAAUUUACAAGAACAAAUGAAGACCUGUUUCAAACAGUUGAUGGAGUAAACACAGCCAUGACCAAUUUAAUCAACCGUGUUGCACCACCCCAGGCAGCAAUAUAAAAAGAAAACUUCCAUCGUGAGAUGCAGGAUAAAGCAGUCGGAGAAUGGAGGAGAGGAAAUCAUCGAAGCUGUUGGAAUUUCUUUUAAUACUUUGUUUUCUAAAUGGAUUUCUUUAUGAUUGAAUCAGUUCCAAUUAUUCUGUGUUGUCUGCUAUGUUCUCAUUAUUGUAAAGAGGGUGGCAAGCUGGCAAAAUCGUUUGCACAUCAGACAAAAUUCUUUGUGGCAUUUUAAAUCCCACUGAGGCCAACUUUGCUUGUCAUCCUUUCAGAUUCUAUGAAAAAGGUACAAAAAAAGUACCAGUUAAGUACUGGGCUUGGUGUACUUGACUUGCCCCUCCCCUCAAAAAUUACUAGCCUUGUGCCAGUUGAUAAGUGCAUCUUAUAAUUAUUGUACAUUCAAGUUUUUAUUAAACACCAAUUGUACACCCAAAAGAAAAAGAUUAUUUAACAAACAGCCCUGAAACCCUUAAUUCAGGUAAAUCAGUGGAUAACAGCUGUUCACAUAUUUUUAAAAACAUAAAUUGUAGCCUAAAAGUUUCAUUUCAACACAAAAUCUCUCUUUUCCAAUCUAACCUUGAUUUGCUCAGUGAAUUCUAUUCAUAAAAUGGUUUUUUGUUGUUUUUUAUCUGGUUAGACAAUCAACCAAUCAGUUUAGAUUAUUUGUUGUUGAUGUGGUCACAUGACUAGUUAAAGCCCUUCCUUUGGCAUCUCUAUGAAAGAGAUUUGUCUCCAUUGUCAGAUUUCAGUAAGCAAGAAUGAGCAUUGAAGAAGUCUCUCUUUUUGACACAUCUUAGACACAUGAACAUUUUGUAAAUUCACACCAAAAUCUCAACAGUUUCAUUCUUUCAAUUGUAAGCAUUUCAUUACAAUAUUGUUUUAUGUUUUUGCAUCUUUCAGACACAUUUUAAGAACCAUUUUGUACAAGAUUUUCUGAAAGGAAUCUUUUCGCAUAUGUUUGGAUUAACAGGUCAAUCAUUUAUAUGUUCAUCAGCAGAUUAGAUAUUGGUAGAUUAGAGAUGGUCCAAGUCAAUGGAUUACCAAAUAAUUGGGAGGUUGACAGUUUAUAUUCUUUCAGGAUUAAGAGAGAGAGAUUUAACUCUCAGACAGCAAAGUCCACCUGGCCAUGAAUAGGUAUCACAAUUAAUAACAAGUUCUAAAGAGCCCUGUCAAAUGAACAGGUGCUCCUUUUUAGCUUCAACAGCGUUGAGGUAAAUCCUGCUGUGAGUCCAGCCAAACAAGGGGGCUGUCUUCAUAACUAAAUAGGUUACAGGACUUUCCAUUUUUGUAGACUAAUGUCAAGGCUGGUUAAAUUAAUGUCUCAGUAGAGAUAGUAGUUAGAAGUUUAAUAAUUCGUGACCAGUACAGGUGGCCUACACCAUCUGUAAACAAUUACAAGGAACUUCAGUUACUACUAAAAACAAAAUGUGGGAGCACUGUAUAUUUCAUGAGUGUUUCAUUUGCUUUCAAUUGUUAGUUCUUAUCUCCUCUUGUUUAUAACUUAGAAAGGUCUGAGUUCUGUAAAACUAAUGGCCCCCUUGAAUACAGGAUGAUGACAUCUUCCCUGGCAUCCAAUCAACCAAUAAGACUUGACCACAAGAUCUAUAAUCAAUAUCUAUAUUUUCUGAUGGGAUGUUUGUACUGUCAAAUCAAACCCUUUUGUUGGCCCUUUUUCCUUUUCUUUUCUAUUUCCAGAAUCCACCGGGUUUGUUUUCGUCAAGUAGUCUGGUUAGGUUUUAACUUCCAAAUUUAUAUUUGAAAAGUCAUCAAUGAAAAUGCCUCUGUAUUCAAAUACCAUUCCAGUCUAUUUGUUUACGUGUGAGGCCCAAUAAAGCAGGCUACAACCAUUUCUUCUUAUUUGUGGCUGAAAGACAAAAAGUUAUUUUCAGAUUCACUUCAAAAGUGAACAAAGGAAGAUUUCCUUAUUUUAAUUUCCUUUGUUGUUUUGACUCCAGUCAACUCUGAUUGGACUCUCAUGAAAGCCAUUCCACUUACAUCCAUCUCAUCCUUCUCUCAGGUUUUGCACAUCUACAUUAUCUCUGUCACUUUCUUUUUCAAGAUUUUAGCAUAUAUUUUGCGAGAAAGUUGGCUAUUAUUUUUAGUAGGUUGAAAUGGCUGUUAGUUUGACUUGAUUUCAUUCUACAGAGUCUAACAAAGAAACUUGAUGGUUUUUAAAUAAAUGUACAGAGCUUGUUUAUAAACCGUUUAAGACAGAGCUUUUAUUUCGUUUUGAAAAUGUCAUUCAAAUGCUUUCCUUUGUUUCGCACACAUGCUUCUAGCCUGACCUGGAACUUUUGCAUUUUGCAUCAAGCCAUGUUCUUUGGAAAUGGCAGCUUUCAGUUCCAUCAAGUGUGAACAGUUUGUUGAUGGACAUCGUCUUGUAGGAAUAGCUGCAAAUAAUCCCAAACCAAAAGAUUAGGCAGUUGAGCCAGCCAUGGCACCUCAUUGCACUGACAACAUUCCUGUAAUAAUGUACAUGGAAGCUUUGUGUGGGUGGUCACUGACUUACCUGCCCACCCUUCUCUCAGUAUGUUGUGUAUUAAUGCCAAGUCUGUUCAGUUCUAGAAGGAAGACACCUAACAUGGAAUUACCACAUGGAAGUUUACUAUGCAACACCACACACUUCAUAUUAACAAUUAAGGAAUUCUCACAAAACUGUGGAUUGUUGUCUGACUUGGCACAAGUUUUGCCAAUUUCUAUAACUAGACACAGAAAUGCACUUUGUCAACGCUUGCCAUCUAUUGUCUGCUUUUUCUGGUUUUCCCAAUCUUACUAUUUUAUUUCUUGCAACAGACAUAUUCUUAUCAGGACAAACAUUUUAAUGAAUGUGCAAUAAAUUUCACACAACAUUCUGAAAGACUUAACAAUGCCAUGCUUUGAUGCAGAACUAUAACGACUUAUUCAUUACGGCCCAUUUAAUGGCCUUGCUAUUCCUUAGGGUCAGGCAAUGCUCAAUUGGUCAACCUAAACUUUUCUCCUCAUAAUGACAUCAAAUUUCAACUGACCAUUUUUCCAUGAGAUCCUACAUCAAAAAUACAAACAGAAUUUUCGCUGUGUUUAAGUAACCAAGUUACCACAUAAUAAAAAUUUAAAAACCCGUCAUCACAAAAUCACAAUGGUGCACAUUCCACUGCAUCACAGCUACUGAAAUAUCAUCCUGCCUUUGUGUUGCUCAGCAUCAUCAACUAUGUGACCACCCCGUCCUCUUAAAAACCUUCAUCUUUCCAUGCCAGACUCUCUACAAAUGUGUCUAAGGUUAAUCUAUUCACAAAUAUUCUAAUAAAUGGUUAAAUGCGUCCCAGUUGUUACCACUGAUUUACAAACUCCAAAGUAAGCAGGGUUUAGUUUCAAUCCUUGGUGAUUACAAUAAAUAGUCCAGGGGUGUUUGAAAUUCAUGUUAUUUAGCCCUUGGUCAGCAAUGGUUAAAUAAACCUAUGAUCAAUGGUGUUUCAGCUAUGACCAUCCUGCCUUUUAUGCAAAUAGUAUAUCCAGGACUUCAUUAUUAUCUAAUUUUUAAUGACAGUAAGUAGUGAUUUGAGGGAAGCCUGGCUGCUAUUUCUAGCAGGCCAAGCAACCCAGGUGGGGACUCCUGUUAAAAAUGGUUGUGAAUGUCAAAUGUUUUGUUGUUGUUUUUUUUUUUUGGCCCCUUUUGUGAUUUUUUGUAAAACAUUACUUUGUUGAACUGGUUUGCUCUUAACUGUGAGUAUUUUUAUUUUAUUCAAUUUAUUUGUGAAAUAAGUGAGAGUAUCAUAACAUUCGUUUGAUAUUAUUGUGUGGUGUCCAGGCAAUUGCCACAGUCCACUGGAUUCUGCACUAAUUAAAAACAUUAGCCAUCAGGAAGAUCUUCAGCUUGCUCACCCUGUGUUGGCAUCAUCAUCAUCACAGUGCCGCUCAAAACAAUUUAGAAUGGACAAACUUCAUUUCCGUCAAUUAUCUUUCGAACAGAAGCCAUUAAACUUGAACCACCAAAGACACCGUAACCACAUUUUCAAUUCUAAUCUGUGAUGGUUAAAACAUUUCACAUCCAAAUAUCUCAUUGACUUAAACACCCAGUAAGUCUAUGAUGCUCCCACUUAUUUCCACCACAAAUAACUGCUUUUUAUGUCGUGUUUAAAAUUUGUUGCUGCCAUGUUUAAACCUGUUAAUCAUUGUUUUUCUCACUUUUAUUCAGCUCCCUAAUUAACAAUUAUUAAUGAAUGCCUAACUUUACCUUCCAUAUUACUAAUUACUUCAGAAAAUACCAAAUUUCACAGUUCCGGUGAGAGAACUAAAAAUCGCACUUCUUGUAUCUUCUCCAUUAUAAUUCAUGUUUCUUAAGAUCUAAUUUGUUGCUCGUUAACUCUUGCCAUAAGUUUUAACAUUGCUGAUAUCUCACCUUAGUUUUAUAUUUUACCUGAUAUUUCAACAGCCGACAUGGUUUACCAUAUCCAAACUUUGCAGUUUAUUGAAAUGUGGGGCCAAUUGAGAAAGUAUUGAUACAUUUUUAUAACUUUUUAUUACUUGAGACUAACCUAAAUCACUAAAACUCAUUAACUAUAUUUCCUGAGUAAACUGGGUUUUUUUUAAACUCCUCAUCAAAAACAGGAGAAUCGCUCUGACUAUUUUUCUGCAAAAGAAAAAAAAAAUAUUGUUUGCUCUGAAAUUUAAUUUUUAAAUCUUUAUUUAUUGUUUCUUCUGUUAUAUUAAUUUAUUCACUAAUGACUUGGAAAAAUUAACAUAAUUUUCUUUUAUGUAGAUUUAGAAAUUACUUUAGAACCAAGUCCUUCUCUCUCACUGUUUUCCUUUGUCAGCCAAGUACUGCCUUAGAAUUUGCCAUUGUUCACACAGUGCCUAUAUAUGUUGAUAGAAAUUUGUUGGCCUUCAUUUUACACACACAGUCGAUAGCUGUUGACAAACAUUAAAAUUUGACUUUGUCAUGCAAUUUCUGUAAACCAGAGAAUUUUUUUAAACAGGAAAAUAGCUUUUAUCUUUGCCUGACUUCAAGUUCAGAACGAAGACUGAUUGAUGAGAGGAAAUCACUAACAAAGGGACCAAUUCUCAUUUAAUAUCUUCUAUCAUUGUGCCUUUUUCUCUCUUUUUUUUUUUUUUUAAUAUUUUAAAAUAUUACCAUGACAUGAAAAGGUCCAAAUUCCGUUUCCCUUUGCUGCUUGCAAUGGAACCUAUGACUAUUUAUUGCUGCUUUUUAUUAACCAAGAAUGAGUUUGUAUCAAUUUAUAUUAUUUUGCCCUCAUUAUUUCUUUUUAAACUAAUAACAACACAACUUGGCUUUUUAGCCAUAUAACUAACCAAGAGGCCAGCAAUUCGUGUUGUCUCUGAUAUUGCAUUGUAUCUGGACCAAUCUGUUGUAGAGAGAUGUAAAUAGGUAGGAGCACUGUAUAAUUGACAAGUGUUUCAAUAGCUUUUUAGCUAAGUUCAACUCUAAUAGUUUGGGUCCCAUUGGUCUAGAAAUCAGUGAAACUGAUCACUCCUAGAUGGAUACUUCUGGUCAUCUGUCCAUUUUCUCUGCCCACUUUUUCCUGGGAGAGCGAUGGUGGUAGAGUCCUCAGGUGCCUCCUCCCGUCGUUAAACUUUCCGGUUGAUUCCCAAGCAUAACCGAGAUUAUGGAUAUUAUCCAGCCAUCUCAUUCUUGGUCGACCCCUAAGUCUCCUCCUCCCAGUUGGCUUGGCUUCAAGAAUCCACCAUGUGAUUCUUUCCUCAGACAUUCUAACCACACAUGCCCACUGUACCAGAAGUUGUCACCUUCUCAACCUUGAAAAGUUGACUGAAUGUGAUUUGCUUCUCUUUAACCAUAGAUGUCUCCUAGAAUCAGUUUUGCAUUCUUUAUUAUCAUUAAUCUGUCAUUUUUGUCAUAUUCUGAUUAAGAAAAUAAGUUUUCACUGAAAUAAUUUGACUUCUAAAAGAACAAGAUGAACAUUUUUUUUAUUGGCAUAAUUAAUGUUCUUCUGAUUAACAAAACAGUUAAUCCCUGUUUCUUGAGGUUAAUGAAGUCAGUGUUGUCUCUCCUCCUUAAAUUAGUUCCCUGUAUCCAUUCCUACAACACACAAGCCGAAUGUCCCUCUACAGCUCCCUUACUUAACCAAAUAAACCGAACCCCCCCCCCCUCCACUGUAAUUCUCUGUAUCCAUUCAUAAUUAAGAUUCCCAAACUCAGGUGAUUCAAAGUCAACCUACGCUUUGCAGUGGAUUUCCCCAAGUGAGGUGACCAGGCUGGUUUUGAAUCACUUUUGUUUUCUAAGUCGAAUUAGAAACCAAACUAAUUGCCGUUGCAUUUAGCUUUCUGAAAGGUGAAAUUUUCGAAAGUUUAACAUUUGUUUUUUUCUUUUUUAUUAACCAUUUAAAAAAAAAACUUUAAUAAUAAUUCUCUCUUUUAAAGUGAAAAUUAAUCAGGUAUUUCAGAUAACUGUAGAUUAAAAAUAGCAAUGGCAUUAGAACGAAACUGUAAAAUCCACUUGGGAGGAAGUUUCUUUUAGUGGCAGACGAAAGUAAGAAAAUUUUCAUUGCUGGGAUAGAGUUGUUAGGGGUUCAAAUAGCACUCCCAUCAUUUCAGUGUUGGUAAACAUAAGCAGCAUUAUAUGGGAGGAGGGGUUGAUUGCUCAAGGCGGAAGUAAAGGUAUUGAGUACAUUCUGUCCCCAGCCAUUGUGUGUGUGUGAUGUAUAUGAUGUUAGCACGAGUCCAGUGGUCUGUCUUUACAGAUGAUUGGAUGCUAUUCUACGGACAAAAACUUUCCCAAACCCCAUUGACAACAUGUUUUGGGAACAGUUAUAGAUUUAGGGGUUGGCUAAGCUAAAUUGAUUUGCUUUACUCAGCUGUUUUAAAAGAAUGGAGUUUAGAAUUGUGGCAGGUCUGGGUAGGAAUUACAUGAAGGGGACGAUAUAGAGACAAAAAUGAAGAGAAUUUAGUUUUAAUAUAAAGUAACUAAUCUUUGUCAUUAACUUGAAACACAAACAGUAAUUAUAGAAUUUUUGGGGGCCAUGGUUAAAUUCUGAACAUAAUACAAAAGUUAUUGGAUGGAGAGGAGGAAAUGUGUGGAUUUUUCAUUUUAAUACAAGUGGCUUUAUUUGAGAAUUACACAAAGAUUAUGGGUCACCAUUGGUUGGAUUUCAUAUGCAACCAAUGACAACUGAAAAACUGGGAUGCGUUCUGUUACUUGUCCAGAUACACUAUUUGGCCAUGUUGCUCAUCACUGGGGAUCUGGUUUGUGUUGGUCAACCACAUGCUCAUGGCAGGUGAGGGAACUGGAGAUGGGACUCUGGUUGAUGGGUCACUUGGGUGGACCCAGGAAUAAACCAACAAAUGAUGAAUGGCAACAGUGCAUGUCAUGACUUGAGUGAAAGUUUCAGACUUUAAUAACAAUAAUUUCUUGUACAGUUUGUAAAAUAUUUUGGAUGGGUCUGAUUAAUUUUCUAUAAAAAAUGUAGAAGAGGAAACUGCAUGUGUGUGAUAACAAGCUUUAAUCUUCUUUAAUACAAAGCAGGUCUUGUUUGAUUUGAUGUGGUAUUUAAAUUAGCCAACAGAAACAGUGAAAUAAUCUCAUAUUUAAUUUUUAAUCCAACUGACCUGAACGUUGCAUUUUUUUGGUAACUCCAAGAAUCAGAGCUGAAGCUUCAAACUGUCUUCAUUCAUUUAUCUGGUGCUAUAUCAUCAUCAUCAUUUCAUGUAUCAAGUUUUUCCAUGCAGGCAUGGAUUAAACAGGCUGGGUGAUCUUUUUUUAUCACCAAUCACUUCGCAGUGUAGGCUGGGUGUAUUAUUUUAUUGACUCAACAGCAGUAUUAGACUAGUGAGUUUCGUUCUACCCAGGACUAGAGUCUCUCCCCCCUCCUCUAUCAUGUGUGAGUAUUUAUUCAGAGUUACUACUUCAAGCUCCCUUCACAUCUGCAAGCAAUUAGAAUUGCAUCCUUCUCGCUAACCGUUGGGUUUGUUCAGAGAGCACAACUUUGUAGAUGUGUCACUUCACUACAUCUGAUAACAUAUGUUUCUCUGUAAUGUAAAGGAAGGAAGGAGUUUUGCUAGCAAGGGAGAGUUCACAGUGUCAGUCUAAGAAUGCUGAGAUUAAUGUUUGUUUCCAACAACGUAGAGGGUGGGUGCUUAGUUACCAAGGGGGGCCCACAAUAGUUGUGUUAAGGUGGAUGGGCAUUAAAGACUCUAUGGCUUUUGACAACCUAAUUUAUCAUAUUGGAGAGAAAGUAGGCGGGCAGAAAUACCAACCAGACGCUGUACAUAAAUUUCAAUCAUUUUUAUAUCAUAAACAUUGAUGUUUGUGUCAUCUCUUGUGAAUAUAGUUCGCUAAAGGAGAAGAUGUUUUUAUAAAUCUCUAAUUUUGUGCAGCAAAAUAUAAAGCAAGUUUUUAUAGAUGUGAGCGUGACAGGAAUUCUCACAAAUGAUUAACAGAUAAACCUGGGCAGUAAAAAUGGCAUGAGCCGACUGCUUCGAGAGUUUGGUUCUCAUAGCUCAUCGCUGUGGCCCAAAACAUUUCUUACGGAUUCACCUCAUUUAGCUUUAAAUAAGAAAUACAAACACUGAAGAAUUGGUGAGGGUUUCCUUAUCUUGCAUGUUUAACUAUAUCCAAUGAUACUGAGUUCAAAUCCCACCAAGGGUUGUCUUUAUCUUACAUCCUUAUAACACUCAGUCAAAUACCAGGACUGUUUCUCUCUUGGAAUCCAUUUAAUUGAAGGCAUCAAAAAUGGAAUAUUCACUGUGAACUCACUCAAAUUGGCCAAAAAGCAAUCAGCAAAAACUCACCUUGUGCAUCUUUUUGGGGAAGUCACUUGGCUAUAAAUAAAGUCUAUAAAAUAAUUGAGGAAUCAUCUAGGCUUACUACCAUUAUUUAAAUAAGCACCAUUUACAGAUACAAUCAGUGGAUUCUUACUUUCUUUGAGGAUCUUUAAAUAAGAAGAAAUAUUGAUGAUAAUUAUUUCAUGAAAGUAUUUGAAAAAAAAAAAAGGUAACUUGUUAGAAAUGGAAAUGGUUUUUAGUUUAAUCUGUUUUGAUUCUUGAAGAAAGUGUGUGAAAAUUAAGCAGAUAUGUGCAUUUUUAGCAAAUUUAACGUGUAUAUAACUUUGUUUUUGUUUUGUUUUUAUUUCUUACUCCUCUCUUUCAUAUUACUGCUGCUUAUUUUAUCAAUCCCAAUGGAAUGCUAAGUCAACAAGAUUUAAAAUUGAGGAAUUUACUGCACUAACACUUAGCUAGCCACAACCAUUCUCUGUAGACAAUUAUUUAUUUGGAUGCGUAUGUUUUUGUUUCAAUUCUGAUGAUUUAAUUAAAAAGGGUAAAUAAUGGCAUUCAAACAAUGUCAUAGAUACUACAUUUUUCCAACAGAGAAAUAAUAUCCCCCCCUUCUACACACCAUAUAUAUAUACACACACACACACACACACACUUGUAUAUAUUUGACUUUCUUUUGUAUAUUUAACAUUUGUAUAUAGAUGACUACAAAUCCGUUUGAUUAUAUUGCUUUUUUUAAAACAAUUUGUUAUAAAAAAAUAUUUUAAAAUGUUUUUUAUGUUAAUCUGAUAUUAUGUAGUUUUUUUUUCUUUGCCCUGUUAAUUGCAUUUUAUGGCUUCAUUAAACAUUUUGUUCUAUCAAAUGUAUCCAUGGUACCAUUAGCCAGCUCAAAGCUGUUUUUGUAUUUGUAGCCAUUUUACUAUUGAUAGCUUCUUAAAAAUCUUCAUCGUGCUUUUAUUGCCAUUAUUAGAGCAGAAAGAUGGUAGAAAUUGGAGAAAAGUCAGCUUAAAUACCUUUGAGGUGUUUAGUUUUAUCUCUCUAUAUUUUAUCUUCAAUUCCUACAAAAGGCGACUUUACUGUUCGUCCUGGUGGCUGUUGAUUUAAGUUCCAAUAAAUAAAAAUCAAUUAAAUCAACAACACCCGCCUCUGCCUAUGUUAAAUAUCAUCAUUAUUAUUUUCUGAAUAAAAACUAUUUCUCUAUAACAUUGACAA